GCCUGGGGGGCGGCUGCACAGUCUCCGGGAUCCCCAGGCCUGGAGGGGGGUCUGUGCACAGUUGACUGUCUCUGUCCCGCAUCUGGUCCCGCGCGGGCCUCCCUUGGGUCAGCCCAAUGUGACCAAGCCCAGCAGAGCCUGAGCAAGGAAUGAGUCCGUCAUGGAGCUGGAAUGUGGGAGGAACAUGACAUCAUGGAGAUGGUUUCACCCAAAUAUGACUGGGGUGGAAGCAGAAAACCCACUGUUGACAAGAGGAGCUGAUAGCAGUUUUUUGGCAAGGCCUAGUAAAAGUAACCCUGGAGACUUCACACUUUCUGUUAGAAGAAAUGGAGCUGUCACCCACAUCAAGAUUCAGAACACUGGCGAUUGCUAUGAUCUGUAUGGAGGGGAGAAAUUUUCCACUUUGGCUGAGUUGGUCCAGCAUUACAUAGAACAUCACGGGCAAUUAAAAGAGAAGAAUGGAGAUGUUAUUCAUCUUAAAUAUCCUCUGAACUGUGCAGAUCCUACCUCUGAAAGGUGGUUUCAGGGACACCUCUCUGGGAAAGAAGCAGAGAAAUUAUUAACUGAAAAAGGAAAACAUGUUAGUUUUCUUGUACGAGAGAGCCAGAGCCACCUUGGAGAUUUUGUUCUCUCUGUGUGCACCAGUGAUGACAAAGGGGAGAGCAAUAACGGCAAGUCUAAGGUGGCCCAUGUUAUGAUUUGCUGUCAGGAACUGAAAUACGAUGUUGGUGGAGGAGAACAGUUUGAUUCUUUGACAGAUCUUGUGGAACAUUACAAAAAGAAUCCUAUGGUGGAAACACUGGGUACAGUACUACAACUCAAGUAGCCCCUUAACACAACUCGUAUAAAUGCUGCUGAAAUAGAAAGCAGAGUUCGAGAACUAAGCAAAUCAGCUGAGACCAAUAAAGUCAAACAAGGCUUUUGGGAAGAAUUUGAGACACUACAACAACAGGAGUGCAAACUUCUCUACAGCCGAAAAGAGGGUCAAAGGCAAGAAAACAAAAACAAAAAUAGAUAUAAAAACAUCCUGCCCUUUGAUCAUACCAGGGUUGUCCUACACGGUGGUGAUCCCAAUGAGCCUGUUUCAGAUGACAUCAAUGCAAAUAUCAUCAUGCCCGAAUUUGAAACCAAGUGUAACAAUUCAAAGCCCAAAAAGAGUUACAUUGCUACACAAGGCUGCCUGCAAAACAUGGUCAAUGACUUUUGGCAGAUGGUGUUCCAAGAAAACUCCCGAGUGAUUGUCAUAACAACGAAAGAAGUGGAGAGAGGAAAGAGUAAAUGUGUCAAAUACCGGCCUGAUGAGUAUGCUCUGAAAGAAUAUGGCACCAUGUGUGUUAAGAACGUCAGAGAAAGCGCCGCUCACAACUAUAUGCUAAGAGAACUUAAACUUUCAAAGGUUGGACAAGGGAAUAUGGAGAGAAUGGUCUGGCAAUACCACUUUUGGACCUGGCCGGACCACGGAGUGCCCACUGACCCUGGGGGUGUGCUGGACUUCCGAGAGGUGCACCAUAAGCAGGAACGCAUCAUGCAUGCAAGGCCAGUCGUGGUGCACUGCAGUGCUGGAAUUUGCCGGACAGGGACGUACGUUGUGACUGAUACUCUGAUUGGCAUCAUCAGAGAAAAAGGUGUUGACUGUGACACUGACGUUCCCCAAACCAUCCAGAUGGUGCGGUCUCAGAGGUCAGGGAUGGUCCAGACAGAAGCACAGUACCGAUUUAUCUAUAUGGCGGUCCAGCAUUAUACUGAAACUCUACAGCACAGGAUUGAAGAAGAGCAGAAAAGCAAGAGGAAAGGGCAUGAAUAUACAAAUAUUAAGUAUUCUCUAGCGGACCAGAUGAGUGGAGAUCAGAGCCCCCUCCCGCCUUGUACUCCAACUCCACGCUGUGCAGAAAUGAGAGGAGACAGUGCUAGAGUCUAUGAAAAUGUGGGCCUGAUGCAACAGCAGAGGAGUUUCAGAUGAGAAAAUCUGCCAAAACUUCAGCACAAAAAUAGAUGUGGACUUUCACCCUCUCCCUAAAAAGAUCAAGCUUUCGCAAGAAAGUUUAUGUGAAGACCAAAUUUGGAUUUGGAAGGCUUGCAUUGUGGUUGACAUGCAGCUCAGAGCUCCCAAGAGCUCAAAAGCAGAAGGGGCCAGGCCUUCUGAAGAUUUAAGCCCAGAAUUGUCGCAGCUUCCCUUCUACUGCCCUCUAUUGAUGAUGAUGAUGAUGAUGAUUUUUUCUAAUCAUAAGAGAGCUGGAGUAUGCCCUCUACUUACUAAACAAGUCACAUGCCCAGCCCAGAUUAAAAAAAAGGGUGUGAAGUAGAGGUGCAGUUAAUUGGGGGGCCACUAGUCUAACAGACGGUCACAACCAGUGCCAUGGAAAACCAAGGAUAUUAGCAAAAGCAGAAGUUGCUAGUGACCUUGGGAAACUGAAGCUGCUUACAGUAGCUGAGACAAGCUGAAAGACUGAGAAAUAGAGGGCCUUCAAGAA